UUAUAAUUAAAAAUAUUGAGGGAAAAGUUUCGACAAAAUUCAAAUCGGAGAAAACCCGACAGAUAUUCUGGAUUCCUCUUUUAACUUGCUCAUCAAGAAGCAAGGAAAUACUUCUGACUCACACAGAACACUUCAAUUUUCUUCUUUACAAUACUGCUGAAAUCUAUAAUUAAAUCAAAUUUAACAAUAUUCAGCAAUCAUGGAAUGUGUAUUUGGAUUGGUUGGCAAUGGAUUCGCCGUAAUAGCUGCAGAUACAUCGGCGGUCAACAGUAUAUUAGUGCACAAAUCCAACGAGGACAAAGUCAUGAUCCUUGAUUCUCACAAACUCAUCGGUGCUAGUGGCGAGGCUGGCGACAGGGUUCAAUUUACCGAGUACAUUCAGAAGAACGUAGCUUUGUAUCAAUUUAGGAAUGGCAUCCCUUUGACUACUGCUGCUGCUGCUAAUUUUACUCGUGGUGAACUUGCUACUGCCUUGCGAAAGAAUCCAUACUUUGUGAACGUUCUUUUAGCUGGCUAUGACGCGGAGUCUGGACCAUCGCUGUACUUUAUCGACUACAUUGCAACACUCCACAAGGUAGAUAAGGCCGCCUUUGGUUAUGGUUCUUAUUUUUCUCUUGCUAUGAUGGAUCGACAUUACCACAGCAACAUGUCCCUUGAUGAAGCUAUCAAAUUGGUUGAUGACUGCAUAGCAGAAAUCCGGUCUAGGUUGGUUGUGGCUCCACCAAAUUUCGUAAUCAAGAUUGUUGAUAAGGAUGGAGCACGAGAAUAUGCAUGGCGCGAAUCCAUCAAAGAUAAAUCCACUGCAUCUGCCUGACGGUUCAGGCUUUUGAGCUGCAGAGGAUAGACUGUUAUUACCUGUGAAGCUAGUAGUGUAGAUUUGAUGUAACAAGUUCUUUUGAACUUGUCACCUUGAGACUUCCCUGCUGUUUAAUGCUAAAACUGAUGUUAUAUUGAAUGCAUGGUUACUUGCUUGAGAUGAUCAGCGAGUUUGGCUUGCC